AUGUAUACAAUGCUGCAAAUUCUGGUGCUAAGCCCAGUCCAUGAAGAUUUUUGCUACAAGCCAUCAGAAUACCAAAAAAAUAGUGGUUGUGAACUUCAGAGAGCAACCCACUUCUACCAAAGAGAAGAUAUCCAUAGGCCUAAGGAUAACCCGAAAACAACGGUGGAGGUUAGGGCUUACUUACCGGAGAAAGACCGGCGCAUCUUUGAUUUAGCGUUGGUGAUGAUGAGAAUGAUGAACAUAACGUUGAAGAUUGACGCAUUCUUGAGAGAUCGAAGAUUGAAGGUGCCGUUACAAUUGAAGAUUGAGGUUUGCGGAUUUACAGAAGAUGAUAGAGAUAUUAAUAACGAGAAGUGGAGAACUGACCUUGAAGCUCUCAGAGAAGUGCAAUGA